AUGGACGACUUGAAAAGAUUACCAUUGAAUAUCAUCAAUCAAAUUUUGCAAUACUUUGUAAAACAAUUUGACCGAAAUUAUGGUUGCAAUAGCUCACUCGUCGACCCUGAUUUGACGCCUUUGUUUUACAAGGAAUUACUCGGAUUACGAUUGGUUUCGAAGACAUGGUCUAAAGCUGUUGUACCAUUUUAUUUCAACAAGAUUCAUAUAGAUGAUUCAAGAGAUGCAAAAGUAUUUUUAGAUGAUUGGAAUGAUACUUUAUUGGGAGCUCGUGGUUCUCUUCCCGUUGGAGGACUGUGCAUCAAAAAACUUUGGUAUUCAGAAGAAUCAACCAAAGAUGACGACAAAGAUGAGGGGGGAGAAAAAGAGGAAGAUGCUGAAGAAUCAAUUCCAGUUUCGAUGGGACAAGUGUCAAGAUUAAUCAGUUUAUUUGGUAGCGACCUAAAGACUUUGGAUAUCACCUUUGUCCGUUCAAUGGGAGUUUCAUCAGAUUUCAUUGAAGCUAUCAAGACUAUGAAAGAUUUGAGAUCAUUAAGAAUCUCAUUCAAUUACAAACAUUCAAAAUCUGGAACUUAUGAUUUAAGUUCAAUAUCAAAAUUAUUAUCAUCAAUACCCAAACUAGAAAAUUUAACAUUUCAUUAUGAUUCCUUGGAUAAUUUAGAGUUAGAACCUCCAGCUUUAUCGAAUUUACGAUUAUUUUCAUUUACGUAUGAAUCCGAAACAAAAGGACUUUCUCAUAUUAUGAAAACUUCAAAAGAUUCUCUGAAAAUUAUUGAACUUUUUUCUUCUACUGAAGAUCCUGAAGGAUUAGGUGAAGUCUUUGAACCUAUCAAAGAUACAUUAGAAGGUCUAUUCACCGUCUGUUUUUGUGAACAGCUUUAUACUGAUGUUACCAAGUUGGAUUUUCCGAAAUUAAGAGUGCUGAGAACUGAAGAUGGUGCUGACUGCUUUGUGGGAUCGAUUUAUUGGUUAGAAGUUCCAAUGUUAAAACAUGUUAGAACACUUGUGACAGACUUACACUUUAGUGAAGAUUAUUGGGAAAAGGCUUUAAAAGAUGCUGGUAAGGAUGCUUUGAAGGAAGUACCAAAUUUUAAACACAUCGUUUUUACUAGGGAUCGAUAUCUCAAACGAGAAGGAAAAGAGAUCAAUCCAGCAUUGGUUGAAGAUUUUAAAUCUCGUGGGGUUCAAUGUCAUGUCAUGGAUGAAAUGACCUGUGAUGAAAUUAUGGAAUUGGAUUAUAAACUCAAUGGACCCAUGAAUUAG